AUUUUGUUUGUGAAGGGAAAAUAGUCCGUACAGCUGCACAGCGGUAGCAUUUCGCUAGCUUUCUCAUUUUAAACAGCAAAAGAGGUCCACAUCGUUGACAGGCUGGCGUUUAACCUCCGCGAACAUCGAGCAGGCAGACGGAAGGACGUCAAACUUUCUUAGUUUAGAGUUAAAGUAAUGAACGAUAAAACCAUCCUCCCUUCAUGCUUACUUUCAACAAAAAAGAAGUUAUGGAUAUUUGCGACGGGAAGAAAAGGAGACAGGUAAGCGGCGGUGUGCGGGGCUGCAGGCGGAGCGUGGCCGUCAAGAUGAAGCGGGAUGUGGGGAAAGUCCUCCGCUCCCUCACGGUGGAGGACAACAACCGCGCGGAGCCCAUGGACGAGGAAGAGGACGACGACUGCUUCUCCAUUGGCUUCCUCCGGAAUGACCGGCUGGAGCCCGCCGUAGCGGUGACUCCACGGUACAGCCUGCUGCGGGAGGUUGGCCGGGGAAGCUACGGGGUGGUGUAUGAAGCUAUAGCCCGGAAAACAGGGGCCAGGGUAGCGGUGAAGAGGCUCCAAUGCGACGCCCCCGAAAACGUCGAGCUGGCUCUGGCCGAGUUCUGGGCCCUGACGAGCCUGGAGAACCGACACCAGAAUGUGGUCCAGCUAGAGGAGUGUGUCCUGCAGAGAAAGGGCCUGGCCCAGAAGAUGAGCCAUGGAAACAAGAGGUCCAAACAGUACCUGCGCCUGGUGGAAACAUCACUGAAAGGGGAGCGCAUCCUGGGUCACCCAGCCGAGCCGUGCUACCUCUGGUUUGUCAUGGAGUUUUGCGAGGGUGGGGACCUCAAUCAGUACAUCUUGUCCCGCCGACCUGACCCCCACACCAACAGGAGCUUUAUGCGCCAGUUGACGAGUGCAGUCGCUUUUUUACACAAGAACAACAUCGUCCAUCGUGAUCUGAAGCCAGACAACAUUCUCAUCUCCCAGAAAUCUGGCUCACCUGUUCUCAAAGUGGCCGACUUUGGCCUCAGUAAAGUUUGUGCAGGCAUGAACUCCAAAAACAUGGAAGAACACCCUGCAGCGGGAGCGGGCGGCAGAGGCAGCAACCAGAACAACAUCAUCAACAUUAACAAGUUCUGGUUGUCAUCAGCUUGUGGCUCGGACUUCUACAUGGCCCCUGAGGUGUGGGAGGGCCACUACACAGCCAAAGCUGACAUCUUUGCCCUGGGCAUCAUCAUCUGGGCGAUGAUUGAGAGGAUCACUUUCAUUGAUGCAGAGUCCAAGCGUGAACUGCUGGGCACCUAUAUACGGCAGGGCACAGAGAUUGUACCUGUCGGGGAGGCUCUGUUGGAGAACCCCAAGAUGGUUCUCCACAUCCCUCAGAAGGCCAGGAGCUCCAUGUCUGAGGGGGUGAAAAAACUCCUCCAGGAUAUGCUUGCAGUCAACCCUCAGGACCGACCAGAUGCCUUCCAGCUGGAGGUGCGGAUGGACCAAGUCACGUGUGCUGCGUGACAGCCCCCUAGUUCCCAAAACCUCCCCUUUUUUUACCCUAACCAGUCAAAGGAGGGACCCCUUUCCUUCCCAGCUUUGUUUACUACAUGGACGUGGACGGAGAUGGACAAAGGAAAUGAGAGUACUGUGAAGAAUCCACAAUCAUGAUUUGAGCGGGAAGUGAUGGACUGGCUAAUGAUUCCAAAACUCUUGGACAGGAACAGUAUGCAAACCAGAACACAACAGUGUAUUUCCAGCACCAUCCAGUUCCACUCACUGUCACCAUGGAGCUGGGGACGUGAUCUGGUGGAGGACGUCAGUGUGUGAGCUGACUGGACGUGAUAACAUAUGUGACAUAUGUUGUUUCAUAUUUGUAGAUUUUUGUUCCCAACAGCCCCAGAGUAGGCCUGCUCUUCCUCAACAUUUGUAAUGUACUUGGCUGUGGCACAGGUAAUGUCAGAGCAUCAUUUUACUGAUGAUAGUGUGUGAAUGAACAACAGGUGACUCUACCAGCUCUUUGUUACGCUGCCUUGUACAACCUCGUGCCUUAAAGAUGAUUCACACUAAGUGCGAUUGGAUCCUAAAAUAAAAUAAAAUGAUACUGAAAUUUAGAAAAACUUCAAAUGAAGAUACCAUCAUCAAAGAUGUGGAAGCAGUGUCACAUGUAUGCUCAUGUAAAGAAGAUUUACAUGGAUAUUUCGCAGAUCUGUGCCACACUCCGGAGGCAGAACAAAUGUGAAUAUGUUUUCUCCGUUCUUUUCAAGGUGAUGUACAGAAUUCACACCGUAGAAGUAGCAGGCCUAUAUCAGCUCAUACAAUACUGUGCUAUUGUAACCAAACAGUAUCCAGCAGGGAAUUGACAUUGGUUUUAUGUAGACAUUUGUUCCUGUUGAAUCCAAAGAGCAACUUUUGGACUAAUUGUAUAUCUGUGUAUCAGAGCUUAGUAUGAGCAUAUUUACUAAAUUAACGUAUGACCAAGAAACAAUCAUGAUCAUUUGGUGGGCUGACAGCUGUUUUUUUUUUUUUAAUUUUGUACUGAAUGUUUUUUUACAUUGAGGGUGAGUGUGGCAUUUUAGGACUCCUUAAAUUUAGAGACCACUUUGAAUACAGUUCAAGAUAAAAAGUCAAUGGCUAACUUGGGAUCAUCAAGAGAUUCUGAGCAUCGAUCUGUAUGCUAUCUGAGUUUAAAGGGUUCUGAUUGGUGUGAUAUGAAUAUGGCUUAAUGGGUCGAUCUCUGGGAACAGCCUGGUACCUGAGCAGUAUUGAGUAAUCUGUGGCUGAAUCUUUCAUGAGUCUCUGAUUUUGAGACUCACAGGAAAUUUGAAGAUUUGCCAUCUGGAAAUAAUCCCCCAAAGCAGCCAUGGGAUACGCGUCCUCACUGUCCCUUUCUUCCUUCCUUCCUCUCUGUACUGAAGUGCUUCAAACUCUUUGCAGUCUCACGUUAUGCUGUGUAAAACACAUUCACGCAAUCUCUCUGUGUUGUGAAAAAUUGUGGCUAGUUUGUGCUGUGAUUUAUGACAACUGAUAUACAUGUGCACCCUGGGGUUUAACAAAAACGUUGAGACACAUUACUGAUCCACAGGUAAGAUGGUACUUGAAGCAACUAGGAUUUCCAGGAAAAUGUAAAGAACAAAAUGCAAAAGUUCAAACACACAGCAUUAAAACUCAUAAUGGUUAACCCUUUGAAAUCUGAACAAACUGGUUGGUUGGUUUGGUUUGAUUUCUUUGGAAAUAACAUGAGGAAAAAUGGCAAUGACCAAACUAGCAAGAAAUAUCCCAUGAAUUUCAGGAAAAGUUGACCAGAGAAUUACCUCAAAAUUAGUUGGUAAAAAAGAAAAAUAUACAGAAAAAUAUACUU